GCUGUUUUUCUUUUCAGUAGGUUGGGACUCAGUCUUGUACCAGACACCAGCGCAAGUUGUGCAGUGUUUCCAGAAGCUGUAAGAUAGAGAAUCUGAGAGAAGAUGGCUGGUGCUUUCGUCUGGAACUUCUUCAAGCCUCCGAAAGGCGGCAACUUGCCCAAGCUGGUUGAGUACUGGUUCUACGUAGGGAACCAUGGCGUCAAGAGCCACCCUGACUACCUCGCUACACACCUGCACAAGAACCUACAACCGGACCCCAAGUGGGUCUAUGUAAACUUCGGAAUCUUCAAAACGGACGGGUUUAUAAUGACGGGUCCCAGGAACAACCCGGUCAUGUGGAAAGCCAUGGAGGAGGCUAGCAAACUCAAGCCGGAUACAGAGUUCCUGAUGGGUGGUUUUGCGGAGGCUGCCGUGACCACAGGAAAGUCUCCCUACCCGUACGAACGUCCCAACACCCACCGAUACCUCAUCUCACACUUCGCCGUGCCUGACGAUAUUCCAGCUGAAGAGUUCGAGGCUAACUGGAAAGACUUGACAGGUGUCAAUCAUCUGGAGAAGGCGGUGACACCAGACAUGGGGUACGUCUUCUCAGCACUCUACCGCCGCGUCACACCCCACGGACCAUACCGCUACGUGGUACGGUCCGAGUUCUCCGACCUGCACGACAAGCAAGACGUCGGCUUCGGGCUGGUCGAGAAACUUCGGCAAUUCUUCGGCUCCGACGUCCUGACGACUGAGAAAAUCCAGUUUUUCAACUUCGGUGUGAGCGCGGGACGGCCGUGGCAGCCCUCCAUGGACGUCAUACAGGAGGCAGACCGGAUAAUUCCGGAGGGAGUACUCCGGCAGCCAGGAGGGUUUGCCCAGGUCGCAGUGUCUGAUCCUGCGCAGAAGCCAACCCUGUCCCCGUACGAGCGGCCCGCCACCUCCCGCUUCCUGGUCACCGCCUUUCAGGUGCCCGACGCCGUGCCUGCAGAGGAGUUCGAGGCUAACUGGAAGGACUGGAGCGGGGUUAGUCUGCUGGAGAGCGAGGCGGGGCCUGAUACAGGCUACGCGCACUCCGCUCUCUACAAGAAAGUUUCCCCCAUGGGAGACUUCCGUUACGUCACGCGCUCGGAGUUCUCCGGGCUGCACGACAAGCACGACGAGGGGAUGAAGCUCGUCGGCAAAGUCCGUGAGCACUUCGGGUCCGGCUCGGCCGCUGCUCGGAAAAUCACGAGUUACUCUUCCUUGUUCAAGGUCGCCAUUGACGUGCAUCAACCAGAAUAGAAGCCCGAAGUCUGAGGCCGAUGUGAAG